AUGAUUGGUCUUCUGAAUGAGUUAGAGAUCCUUGGAGCUGAAAUUAAUGGGGAAACCCAGGUUGAUAUCAUUCUCCAGCCAUUGCCUAACUAUUUCAAGCAGUUUUUCCUGAACUACAAUAUGAAUAAGCUCUCUUACUCAUUGGAAAAACUUCAUAAAGAGCUUCAAGUAGCUAAAGGCCUUAUCAGGAAUCCAAUAAUUGCUCUUCUAACUAAGAAAGGAAAGAAACUUGACCUAUCUAGUCUUAUUUUGAAGUGGAUGUGGGCAAAGUUAGAAGCUUCUAGAGUGACCCUUCCAUAUGGAGGUGCACUGAACCUCAUCUUUGCUCAGCUCGAUAUCACUACACCUUCUGAGUUGUUCAUAAAACGUACUCGUUAUGAUCUCUUCAACUCCACAACCCUUAAACAAAUGGGCUAUGACAAGAGUGAUCAAGAUUCUGAGGAAGGGAGUGACGAAGGUGAUGAAGAAGACGAAGGUAAUGAAGAAGAGGAAAGUGAUGAGGAAGAAGAUGGAGAUGAAGAAGAGAAAGGUGUUGAAUAUGCUAAGGAGGAAGAUGAUGAUGCUGAUAGUUAA